AGUGGGCGGGGCCUCCGCCCACUUGGCGCGGUCCCUCAGCGGUGUGACGGGGGGGGGGGGCACGUCCGGCGGCUCUUAAAGGGGGCACGUCCCGGGGUGGGGCCCCCUCGGCGCGGGAUGGAGCGCGGAGCGGCGGAGGAGCCCCUGCCCGUGUCCCCGGCGCGGGGGGGUCGCCCCCGAGCCCCCGAGGUUGUCCGGCGGCAGCGGCGGCGGGAGUUGGACGCGCGGCGGAGCCGCUGCCGGAUCCGCAUCGGGGGGCACCUGGAGCGCUGGUGCCGCCUCAAGGAGCAGCUCGGCUUCGCCCUGCACUCCCAGCUCGCCCAGUUCCUGCUCGACAGGUACAGCAACCCCGGUGGCACCCGGAGCUUCAGGUGGGUGCCUCCCCCUCCCCAAAUUGGGAUGUUGCCCACCCGGGGUGGGUGCCUCCCCCUCCCCAAAAUCGGGGUGCUGCCCACCCAUUUGGAUGUCAGUGCAGAGAGAGGCUUCUUGGCCCUCCCAGGUUGA